GCCGAGGGGGCCGCGCCACGCCGGGCGCUGGGGCGGGGUCUGCGGGUGCCGACGGGGCGGGCGCCACGUCGGCAGCGGGGAAAGGCGCCGGAGUAAAGUCUGCGGCGGAGCGCAGCUGAGCCGUGCCUGCUGUGCGGUGUGUGCAGAAUACUUUUGUGGAAACAACUAACUAGACAUCUUCACGAAGGAGUAUAUUUGCAGGGAGCGUGAAGAGGAACCUUCCUUAGGAUACACUACGGUCUGGUGACCCGGGGACUCCUGCAACGGGGGACGUACGAGCUUGGAUCUCUUUAGACGAAGGAGGCAUUGAACUGCAAUAAUGAAUCAAACGGACAAAAAUCAACAGGAAGUCCCAUCAUAUCUUCAUGAUGAACCACCAGAAGGUGCAUUAAAAGACCACCCACAGCAGCAGCCUGGCAUGCUUUCUCGUGUGACUGGUGGCCUCUUCAGUGUCACGAAGGGAGCUGUUGGUGCCACAAUAGGGGGUGUUGCUUGGAUUGGAGGGAAGAGUUUGGAAAUCACCAAAACAGCGGUCACAUCUGUGCCUUCAGUGGGAGUGGGGCUGGUCAAAGGAAGUGUUUCUGCUGUGGCUGGAGGUGUUACAGCUGUAGGAUCUGCUGUUGCCAGUAAAGUGCCUUUAACAGGAAAGAAAAAGGAUAAGUCUGACUAAAACCAAAACUGAGACAUACUUGAUUCUCCAGAAGAUUACACCAGUGGCAUUAAAAUCUGCUAAGAUUUGGACCAUGAGAAGCCAUGUGUCUUAGACACUUUAUCUUCUAAACAGCUGUGCAAGUAACUCGAUUUCAUCUGAAAAGGACGGAAGAAGCUUGGCAAGCACAGAGUAUGAAGAUUUAUUAGAGCCUAGAUUGAAGUUUUGUAUCUGGUGAAAUGUUACACUUGAUAACUAUAGAAGUGAGUAAAUGUAUCUGAAGGGAUAAUACAUAUUUUAAUAUUCAUUUACUGUAAGUCUUUUGCAGUUUGGGACUAAAAUGUGAACAUAGAAACUUGGUAAUCUCUGCUGUACCAUCAAUAUGACGAGAUGCCAUUCACUGUUCUCAGUGGUUUCUGAAUCCUCCUGCUACAAGGGUCCUUCAGCUGUGUAAUGGUGUUGUUGGACGUACUUGAAUAGCUUGUCAUGAAUCAGUAUUUGCAGGCAGCAUAUAAACUAUCAAUGACUGCAUUCAGCCAGUGUGGACUGGAGCAAACAGAACUGGAGGUGUGCAGAAAUUGGAAAUGAGAGUGGGAGAUAGACCUGAAAAAGUUUGACAACACGGUAGAAGGGAUCAUAAAGAGUAAACUAACUUAAUGCCUUAUUAGAAGAAAAUACCUUUUUACUAGGUGAAGCUGUGUAAAGAACUGUCCUCUUGUUUCAGUGCAGUUUACAGAAUGAGCUUUAGAUGCUCUGUACAAAUCCUGGUAUCUGAAACUUUGUCAGUUUUUACUGAAAACAAGAUUGCUCCAUCUCAGGUGUAUUUAAUGAUAUGCAUCUAUCUCCUGCAAGUGAAAACUUGCUUCUAAUAAUCUUCUUAUAGAUUCUAGAAAAAAAUGAGAGCUUAAAGGAAACUGAGCUGAUGUGGUCAUCCAGCAUAACUGUCUGACUUGAAAUAAAUUCUUUUGUGUGGUUGGAAACCGCUGCGGAACUAGCAAAGCUAUUGUCUCAACUCCAUGAUGCACCAGGUGAGCUUCUUGCUCUGUUUAAACAAAUGCAAGGAAUUUUUCACUACAUCUUCCUGUCAUACUUUGAUUUUUGAGUAAAAUGCAAUACUGUUAUUUAAAACAAACCAAAAAAAGGUAGAUGAGGCCUUAAAAAAAAAAAAAAAAAAAAGAGAAUUAUUCAAGUAAAGUGUAUACUGACAGAUUCCAAACGUUGACACACCUCAAAUGGGAACAUCUGUAGGUCCUCAGCAGCGCGUGACGCAAAAUGCACUUGUAAUACACAGCAUGAGGUUGCCUUAAAAUAGAAGCUGUUGGCGAUCUUCUUUUUUUUUUCUCAUGUGUACUGACUUUUCAAAUAAGUAACUUCUUUGGAAGCCCGUAGAAGAAGUCUGUGAAUGUUGUGUAUGCAGCAUUUUCGAAAACCUUGUGUUCUUGCAGAGAACUUCCAAGCACGUGAGCUUACUUUUUCAGUGGCUAUGGUCAUACAAGAAGGAUAUAUAGGGAGACUUUUUAGGAAUUAAAAAAAAAAAAAUCAAAACAUAUCACUCGUCUAAAACUUUGUCCUAUAUUCGUGGAUGUUGAAGGUAUACUAUGUGUAAGUUAUAGUACUGUAGUCAGCUAGUCUCUCUGAGCCUUGGGUACUUCAACUGCAGUCUGGAACAACUUUAUCUGAUAUCAGUAAUUGUUGUAUAUGUUGGUAGCAUGGUGUUUGUCGGGAUUUGGGGCAGUGGGGAGAGCAAAAACCCAGCAAAUCUGCUCUUGUGAGUUGCAUCAGCUUCUCAGCUCAGUUCUGCUGCAAAGGUGUAAUGACAUAAGUUUGUACAACAAAGGGAAGACUUUAACUUUGUUUUAUAGUCAAAAGCUAAUCGCCUAGAAUAUAGUGUAGUUUAAGGAUACCAGUUAGCUCUAGAAAUGAGCUAGUUUGGGUAUCGGAGGCAAUCUAGCUGCAGCAAAUAAUAUAGUAUCGUCUGCUCCCUCGCAGUUUCCAAUGUAGAUGUAUCCCCAGAGUGCCACCACUGAACUCUUUUAAGUCACCUGUUUGGAGCAUAGUGAUAUUUAUGACACUCAGCCACACACUUCCUCAUCGUUUUCUGAAAAGAUAAAUGUUGAACUGGUCAUACCUCUUUUUUAUGACAUUCUCUAAUUUUUAUACUAUGAAACUUGCUGCGAAACAAGUGUUGUCUGAGAUAAGCAAUGUUAGAUCCAUAAAGAGCUUCCACCACUUCAUUAUGCUUUGUUCUUAACAUAUCUUGUAGUUAUUAUUUCUGAAUCUUAUAAGUGAAAUGCUUUAAUGUCGCAUAUGGUUUUAGUUUUGGAAGAGCUUUGUCCUAUAUCCUGCGUAUUUUCCAUUCACUUACAGAACUUGCUUCGUCUUAAAAACUUGUUCUGAUUCUGUCCUGACACUUGUGAAACAUUAAAUUUUUGCUAUUUCAGACA